AUGCCAAGCUUGAUCAUAGAUUCAGAGCCCUCCUCGGGGGGCUUCUACCAAGCUACCCCUGGAUCAAGCCCAAAUUCUGCCUCAGAGGAUGGGUAUCGGCCCCAGGACCGACUAGAGCCAAUCGCCGUUAUAGGAAUGGGUUGUCGUUUACCUGGAGAUGUUGGGUCGCCCGCUGAGUUCUGGGACUUAAUGAUGAAAAAGGAGACUGGAAACACGCCCAAGGUUCCAGCAGCUCGAUUCGAUAUUGACGCUCAUUUUCAUAAAAACAAUGAUCGUCCCGGAAGUUUCGGUGUCUUAGGUGGAUAUUUCCUCGACGGGGAUCUCUCCGGUUUUGAUCCCGCUUUGUUUAAUAUCACACCAAUUGAGGCUAUGUGGAUGGAUCCGCAACAGCGCAAACUCCUCGAGGUCGUUUAUGAGGCAUUAGAGUCGGGCGGAAUAACGCUCGAUGCCAUCGCCGGGACUCGGACUGCCGUAUUCGCCGCUAGUUUCACGGCAGACUUCCAACAAAUGUCUUUCAAAGAGCCUUCCUUCCGCCACAGUUUAGCUGCGACUGGUGUAGACCCGGGUAUAAUUAGCAACCGAAUCAGCCACGUUUUUAAUCUAAACGGGCCUAGUGUUGUGUGCAACACGGCUUGCUCGUCAUCCGUUUAUGCUCUGCACAACGCGUGCAAUGCGUUACGCAACCAUGAGGCAGAGGGCGCUAUUGUUGGCGGCGUUAACCUCAUCAUAACAGUCGACCAACAUAUGAAUACCGCCAAACUUGGCGUAUUAUCACAAACAUCAACUUGCCACACAUUUGACGUCAGUGCCGACGGGUAUGGACGUGCCGAUGCUGUUGGAGCCGUUUAUCUGAAGCGUCUCUCUGACGCGGUACGCGAUGGCGACCCAAUACGGGGUUUGAUAAGGUCAAGCGCCACGAAUUCGAACGGGAAAGCUCCGGCAGUAGGAAUAACCUACCCAAACCGAGAUGGACAAGCUGCUGUGAUAGCGCACGCCUACGAACGCGGGGAGGGUCUCGAUCCUCUAACCACAGGAUAUUUCGAGUGCCACGGUACCGGAACUCCAAUUGGUGACCCCAUCGAGGUAGAGGCCGUAUCGAUAGCGAUGAACAAAGCACGCAAAGCUGGUGAAGAACCUUUACUGAUCGGGGCAGUUAAGCCAAACAUCGGACAUAGCGAGGCGGCUAGCGGCCUGUCAGCAUUGAUAAAAGCCAUCCUCACCGUCGAGCGUGGCGUGAUUCCUCCCACCAGGGGUGUGGUGAAUCUGAACCCGAAAAUCGAGUGGGAGGAUUGGCAAGUUAAGGUAGUCACAGAACCGACGCCUUUCCCAGCCCAUCUUCCGGUAAGGCGGGUGUCAGUUAACAGUUUCGGCUAUGGCGGUACCAAUGCGCACAUGAUCGUAGAGAGUGCCGAGUCCCUGCUCAAGACGGAGCAAACAUACAAAUAUAUUGAUAACCACGACGUGGAUAGCCAACCAAGGCGGGUGCCUCGCCGAGCUGCCCACCGCAAACGACCUUUCUUGCUUCCCUUUUCGGCACACGAUAAACCCACGCUACUGAAAAACAUCGCUGCUCACGGGAAGGUCGCUUCAAAAUACGACCUUCUCGACUUGUCAUACACAUUGGCGAACCGUAGGAGUGUUUUAUCAAGUAAAGGUUUCGCCGUGGUCAGCUACAGCACCUUGGAUGACAUAUUCAGCAACGCCGCUGCCAAUUUCACAAUCGCUGAAAAGAAGAAAACGAGGCGCCUAGGCUUCGUGUUCACGGGCCAGGGAGCCCAGUGGUCUCGCAUGGGUUCCGAACUGAUGCAAAAUUCCCACCGUUUCCUCAGGUCCAUUCGCCAUCUAGAUCAUGUGCUCGGGAAACUACGGGACGGUCCCGCUUGGUCUAUCGAAGAUGCACUACUCGAACCACCAGAGAGUUCGCGGGUGGCCGAGGCGGAGUUCUCCCAACCUCUUUGCACCGCCAUCCAAAUCGCUCUAGUCCAACUCCUAGAAUAUUGGGGUAUUCGACCGGCCGUAGUUGUGGGUCACUCAUCCGGUGAAAUAGCCGCUGCUUACGCCGCCGGAUUAAUAUCCGCCGACGAAGCCAUUAUUUUGGCAUACUUCCGCGGUAUCGUCUCGCGAGACGUAGAUACAGACGGCGCAAUGUUGGCCGUGGGUCUCGGUGCGUCAUCCGUCGCCCCGUACCUAGAGGGUUUUGGAGACAAAGUGGUUGUGGCAUGCCACAAUUCACCCUCUGGAGUGACGCUUAGCGGAGACACGGACGCAUUGGACGAGGUCCAGAAAAAAUUGGCGAAGGACGAAGUAUUCGCCCGCAAAGUGAAUACAAAUGGAAAAGCAUACCACUCACAUCACAUGGCACCUGUCGCAGCUAAAUACGAGAGGCUCAUGCGAACCGCCAAAAAGCGCACACGGCUUGGUUUGGCGCCCUUAACAUCAGCGAAGAUGGUGUCGUCUGUCACUAACAGCAUCUUCCCGGAGGGUACGGCCCUCGAUGAGACAUACUGGAGCAAGAAUCUCAGAAGCCCAGUCUUAUUCAAUCAAGCUGUCCAGACCAUUUUAACGACGGAUGAAUUCUCCGACGUAGACCUUCUGGUCGAGAUUGGCCCCCAUUCCGCCCUAAAAGGGCCGGUCCAGCAAAUCAAAACAGAGCUCAAGCUGCAGAGCGUAGAAUACCUACCGACACUCCUUAGAGGUGCUGACAGUGCAGUCCAACUUCUGAAUCUCGCUGGCGAGAUAUUCUUGAGAAGUUAUCCCGUCGACAUGGAGCGCAUAACGACAACUUAUAACGAAGAGCUAUCCAGCGGCGGAAAGCUUACAGCUAGCAAAGGAUCGAUCAUCGUGGACCUCCCUCCGUACCAAUGGAAUUAUGCUCGACCGUUAUGGGCUGAGAGUCGAGCCAGCCAGGAGCACCGCGCACCUAAAUUCCCUCGACAUGACUUACUCGGCAGCCGGGUCAUUGGUGCGUCCUUAGCCGAGCCGACAUGGAGGAACGUGCUUCGAACAAGAGAUCUACCCUGGUUGAAAGACCAUAGUUUAGGCGGAGAAGCGGUCCUCCCGGCCGCCGCCUACUUUGCCAUGGUCAUGGAGGCCGUCACUCAAUUAAACGAAUUGAGCUCCUCGCCCGUCGAGAUCAAGAGCUACGCGCUGCGAGACAUCUCUAUCCAAAAAGCUCUGACAACACCCGACAACGACGAAGGUACCGAGGUGUUAACCAACCUCCGUCCAUCUGCUUAUGCUAGCGAUCCAAAACACACCUGGUGGGAUUUCGGUGUCUCAUCGAUUGACGCAGAAAAUAAUGUCAAGGAACAUAUGUUAGGAAGUAUAGCGAUAAACACACGUCCUCGCGGAAGUAAGCCCCGAGAGUUACCAAAGGCCUCUCGACGCGCGACCGGUAAAGCUUGGAACCAAGCCUUACGCCAAGUAGGUUUCGAUUACGGACCGACCUUCCAAGAUAUGGAUGACAUACGGUUCGACGGCGAGAAUUAUUGGGCUAGCUGCAGCACCCGUAUCAAGCAGCAUGUCGACGAAUCCUUAGGCGAAUCUCGAUAUCCCAUGCACCCCGCAUCCCUCGACUCAGUGCUACAGCUUUGUAUCGUGGCCAUCCACGCAGGUCGUGCUAAUGUCAUGGACUAUGGCGCUAUUCCCAUCCAACUUGAAGAAGUGACCAUUUGGCCUCCGACCGAGGCGCAAAUAGCGGACUCUAGGGCGACAGGUUAUGCCUGGUGCGAUCGGCGAGGCAUCCGCAAUUUCAACACUGGUGUUCAGAUGACUGCGCAUGAUGGAGAACUCGUGGCAGAAGUUAGAUCCCUUCAUUGUGUGAGCUACGAAGCGGCCCUGCCCCAGAAGGCCCCAUCUGUAUUGAACGAAGCCCCUUUCGGCGAGAUGAGCUGGGAAGUUGAUUUCGACCAACUUAAAACAUCCCUAGACGUCAAGGAGAUGACAAGCUCAGAGUGGGCAAAUUUAGCAUUAUUCAAAUAUCCCACGAGAAAAAUUCUCCAUCUCGGCUCACGCGAUGCGCUCAAGAUUCUUCAGAAGAAUCCACGAGCUUCUUGUACUGUUGUGCCGACAAUAGAAGAUGAGGUCGAGUCGGUUAAGACGUCCCUAGCUGCGUUUCAUAACGUAACGGUGACCAAUCCCGAUGAAUUGCACAACCUUGGAGAAGGGUCAUUCGACAUGUUGGUCGUAGAAGCUGGAAUGCAUUCAGUUGCAGAGCUCUUUCCGAGUGCCUGGUUUGCGCUCAAGCCGCGCGGGCAAGCUUUCAUCAACCAUUUCGACGUCUUCGACAAAAUCGACUUAAAAGAUUUGGAAGUAAUAGCCGAAACCGGCCUUGAGGCCAGCGUAUGCCAAAAAGCAUUACUCACACCGAACGGACACAUAAAUGGUGUCAGCCGUUCUGCUCAGCUCAUAUUUCGCGAAACCGAGGCGCCAAUCAUUUCAUUAGUCCAACAAGCUCUGGAAGAACUCGGAUGGGAUAUUGAAGCCUGUCGUUUGGAUUCUGAUACCACUUUCGAUAAUAGGAAUUCCGUUAUUAUGCUUGCGGAUUUCGAGCGCCCCCUUUUGCAUACAAUAGUGGAGGGAGAAUUCCUCGCCGUUCAAAAGAUAAUCGAUGCUGCGUCGUCGCUCCUUUGGGUCACGGUCGGUGGCCUCCUAGAAGGGAAAUACCCAGAGUUUGCCAUGGUAGAAGGCCUCGCUAGGACCAUCGCGUCCGAGCAGGCAUCAAUCGACUUCCGGACAAUCGAUGUUGAUCUCGAAAAUACCACGCUAGAACAGGUUGCCGAUUCCAUAGUGGAGAUUGCAGAGAACCAAGCAGCUCCGCCCGGGGGAGUCGUCGAGCGAGAGUUCCGCAUUUCCCACGGGAAAAGGUAUAUCAGCCGUCUGGUUCGAAACAACGAGCUCAAUACGCUCUACGUAUCCGAAGGACCCCAACCUAAACCGUUUUCUCUAGGCGAACGCGUCUCUGGGAAGGUAGUUAGCGGCAAGGUUAUCUUCGAGCAAGACAUCGAAAAAACAACUGAGCCAGGCCAUGUCGAGGUGCAAGUCCUUACCAGUGGUUUAACAAAGGAAGGAGUUCUUGUUAUCACUGGAAACGACUACCCUACCACAUUUAGUCAUGAAGUCGGCGGAAUCAUUACGAAGGUCGGCCCUGGUGUCGAGGGCUUCAAAACGGGUGAUAAAGUAGUCGGGUUCCACGCGGAUAAAUUUUCCAGCUAUCAGCAGAUCCCGGUUUCCAUGCUGUGCACACUUGGCGACGGCGAUAAUCUUGAAGCUGCCGUUGGCGUUUUGACGACUUACGCAUCGGCACUCUACGGUCUUCAGACCCUUGCAAAUGUAGAGGCAAACGAGAAAGUCCUGGUUCUACCAAACACGGGCACAAGUGGCCUAGCAGCGAUCCAAAUUGCACAGGAAAUCGGCGCCACCCCUUACGUGAUAGCUAACACCACAAGCGAGGUCCAAUUCCUCCGGGAACAACUUGGACUCGGCGUAGAUCAAAUUAUUCUAAUCUCGGGCGAGGUACCCGUCGGUGAACAAAUCAAAAACGCGACGAACGGGCAAGGUGCAGAUGUCGUGUAUAGCUCUGGAAGCACAGAUAUCAAUACCGCAGGUGAAGCCUGGCGAUGUAUCGCUCCUUUUGGUCGCUUCGUAGAUGGCGGCCGUAAAGAAAUUUUGCGACACAGCAUCUUGUACGGCGUACCAACCCAUAGGGGAGCCCACUACUUGCCGUUCGACAUCCUCGGACUUUACGAAAGUCGGCCCGCGAUCCUAUCUAAACUUCUUCCGAACAUCUUAGAGACGCUCAGACGGAAAUCCGUCGUGCCUCUCGAAAAGCAAUUAUCAGUUCAAUUAGGGGACCUCGACAAGGCCGUGGCAAGAUUCUCCGAAGCAUUCGAUGCCCCAAUACCCAUUAUCCAGUACGAACAAUUUGCAACCCCUAUUAUGAUGCUACCCACGCGACCUGAACUCAAUUUCAACCCGGACUCAACAUAUCUACUCGUCGGCUGCCUAGGCGGCUUAGGUCGGAGCUUGACGUCAUGGAUGAUGAGGUCUGGGGCGCGCAGAUUCGUCUUCCUCUCACGAUCCGGCGUCGAUAAGCCGUCCGCGGCAAACCUUGUCGAGGACAUCGAGGCCGCGGGAGCAAUUACACAGGUAGUAAGAGGUGACGCUACCUCACGAGAUGACGUCGUUCGUGCCGUCCGCGCCGUAUCGUCAAGAUACCCUAUCAAAGGCGUCGUACACGCGGCUAUGGUUUUACGAGACGGCCUUUUCGGAUCCAUGACUUUCGAAAGUUGGAAAACCACCAUCGAGCCGAAGGUAGUAGGCGCCGCCAAUCUCCACUCCGUCUUGGCCAACGAACCUCUUGAAUUUUUCUUAAUGAUGAGUUCAGUCUCCGGCAUAUUAGGUAACCCGGCGCAGAGUAAUUAUGCCGCCGCCAACAGUUAUCUUGAUUCACUCGCCCGCCACCGCUUCGCCGCAAAUAAAGCGGCGACUUCUUUGAUAUUACCCAUGGUAUUGGAAGUCGGUGUCGUGUCUGAAAGUUCCGAUCUAGAAUACGCCUUAAAACGAAAAGGGAUGUACGGUAUCGACGAGGAGGAGCUUCUCGAGAGCUUUGAGGCGGCAAUUUUAUCGACAAAGUCGGAACGUGCCCCAGACCAUAUUGUUGUGGGUCUAGAUCCAGCGAAGCUCCAAGCGACCGCGAGUGACUCUGCCGUGACUGACAGCUAUUGGCUCGAAGACGCGCGCUUUAGUCAGGUCGUCUACGACAUGAAUUCAACAGCCAAUGGUUCUGCAGGUGGUGGCGGCGGGAGACAGGACAUCCUCGCAAACAUCAAGGCUGCAGCUUCUCCUACCGAAGCUAUAAAUGCGGUAAUAGAUCAUUUCAAGGAGAAGCUCGCUCGUAUGUUGUUGCUUGAAGAGGAUGCAUUUGAGAUUGAUGUUAAGUCGAUCGCGACAUACGGGAUCGACUCGAUGGUAGGCGCAGAGCUUCGUAAGUGGAUAUUUAAAGAGUACAGUAUGGACAUUCCUUUCCAACAGCUGUUGGGGCCAACAAUGACCAUCAGCAAGUUCGCGCGUCAGGUGUGCGAGAGGCAGGGAAUUACAGAUUUAUGA